AUGGCCCUGAUCCCAGGUCUACCGUCUCUCGGUCUCGGACACCGCGCAGUAGAUAUCGCUGUGUACACUCUCGGGGCGAUAUGCUUCGUCUUAGUCACCGUCUUCGCCUAUCUCUGGCUGUACUGCGAUUGGACUCUAUCGUACAGAGACCUGCCCGGUCCACCUCGGACGAGUUGGUUCUGGGGAAACCUCCAAGCCACUUUUGCGGCUGAGCCGGGCGCAAUGCACGCUGAAUGGACCGACACCUACGGUCCCACAUUCCGCUACCGCAUGCUCUUCGGUACAAGCCGAGUAUGCACCGCCGACCCCGUCGCGCUCACCUACAUCUUUACCCACGUCGACAAAUUCCCCAAGCCGGGACUUAUCCGUCAAUUCCUCGUCGAGCUGCUAGGGAAUGGCGUAUUCGCUGCCGAGGGCGCCGAUCAUCGGCGGCAGCGCCGCGCUCUCAAUCCCUGUUUCAGUCCUCAGUCUAUCCGGGACAUCUUGCCUAUCUUCUACGACAAGGCGGAGGAGCUCCGCGGCAAGCUGCUUGGGCUCAUCCAGGACGACUCGGAAGGCAUCGCAUCACCUACACCGACAGCCGAGGGGGAUGCGGUUCCCGGCGGGCGCAAGAUCGAGGUGAUGCGCUACCUCGGGAUGUGCACUAUCGAUAUCGUCGGCCCCGCAGCUUUCGGCUACGAGGUCCGGUCGCUCAGCCAGCCGAACAAUGAGCUCUUCGACGCGUUCUCUACGUUAGUCGAGGUCGGGCAGGACUUUAAUGCCGUGGCAGUGCUGCAGACGUUUGUGCCGUAUAUGGACAGGAUUCCGACAAAGAGGAUGGCUGCUAUGAGGAACAGCAAAGCUACUACGCAGCGGAUCGGCCGAAGCCUAGUGGCGGAGAAGAAGUGGGCAAUUGAGCAGUCACACAGCAAAGGAGGGGAGGAUGUUGGCAGAGACAUCUUAUCCACUUGCAUCCGGGCCAACAUGGCAGCAGAUGUAGGGACCGAGCAGAAGAUGACCGACGAAGAAGUCUUGUCUCAGAUCACCACCUUUGUGAGAUCUGCGCCCCCCUUCUGUUGGGCUGGAGCUGAUCAGUGGAUGCUUGCUGGGAACGAGACGUCGUCCUCGGCGCUAACUUGGGUUCUCUACCUCCUCAGUCAGCAUCCCGAUAUUCAGGCCAAGCUUCGGGAAGAGUGCCUCGCCGUCACGGACACGAGACCAUCACUCGAAGACAUCUCUGCGCUCCCCUACUUGGAUGCAGUCUUGCACGAGACACUCCGCCUCUACUCGCCCGUCCCUAGCACGCUCCGCGAGGCUGCAGAAGAUGUCAUCGUUCCCCUGGGCACGCCAGUCAAGGACAGGAAUGGCCGAAUGAUCGACUCGAUGAAGCUGUCCCAAGGCUCUUCGAUCUACAUCCCCAUCAGCGUCGUCAAUACCUCCAAGCAGAUCUGGGGUCCCGACGCACACCUCUUCAACCCCUCGCGCCACUUUAGCACGGACGACACGUUCGAUGCGCAGCAAAAGUCCGUCCCGGGCGUAUGGGGCAGCAUUCUCACUUUCUUGGGUGGGCGGAGAAGCUGCGUGGGGCUGAGCUUUGCGUUGGCGGAGAUGAAGGUCAUCCUGUUUGUCUUGAUCAGGAGCUUGGAAUUUGAGGAAUUGGCGAGCAAGCCGAAGAUUGUGAAGAAGGCAACUCUCACGAUGCGCCCAGGGGUCAUCGGGGAGGAGGCGGCAGGACCGCAGAUGCCUCUGAUGGUCAAGCCCUAUACGCAGGCGCAAAGUUAG